CUAGACAGCCGUCUUUAUACCACAGUGUUUGUGACUAAUGUUGAAAUCGGCCGCCAUUUAUAAAGCAGGCAAUGUUUACAUAUUUUAUUUUCACAUUUAUUUAUAUACAUAUAUACUGUGAUAAUAUUAUUUUGUUGUAUAAUAUAUCUAUGGCAAUGCCAUUGAUAAAUUUAUAUUGAUUGUCGCAGGCCUGUGCAACUCGCCUACCUGCAAUUUACACAAAUCAGUAGUGCUCUUAAUGUCUGGUCCCGCUCUGGUAGUGCGCUCUAGUAGUAAUUUGUAAUUUAAUAAUUUAUUACUCAUUCAAUGAUAUAACAUCGAAAAACAUUUUUACUGUUACAAUAGUAUAAUAAUUAAUAAUAAAUAAUCUAAAACCGCGGAUUGUCGCGCGGCGAACUUACAAGUUACAACUGGCGACAUGGCGCAGCGAUGCUGUCCGUUCGGUAUAGUUAUAUAUGAUAAUAAUAUAAUAUCGUACCGUAUCAGAAUAUUACUCGGUAACCGAAAAGCGCCACCUAUCUAGAUUCUUGACGCGGUGGAAACGUGAAGCGGGGGUAUUAUUGUAUAAGGUCUAUGGUAUUUUAAUAUUUUUCCUCGUGGUAUUCACCUAUCUGCGCCAAGACGUGUAAAUGCAUUAUACCUAUUACAUGAAUUACGGAAUAGCAAUAACGCAAUAUAGACCGCGAUUAUAAAGGACUUUUAUUAUAAUAUAGAACUUAAUAAUCGUGAUAUAGAUCAAGCAGUCGCCACUCGCCAGUAAGCACCACUAUACGAAUACAAGUCGUAACUUAUAACCACUAUAAUAGUAGACAGUAGCCGCACCUGCACGAGUGUCGAGGCGUAGAGCCCAAGAGGCAAGAAGUCAAAAACGAGUCGGUCGAUCUUAACAAUUGAUUAUUUUCAAGAUAAGUAUGUCUGACCAAAACUUAACACACAUCAAUUUCUGUGCUAUAAAUCGUUUUUCAUCAUCAUACAAAGCAUUAAAUACCAUGCGAAGUAAUGUUGUCAAGUCAAACACAUUUUUAUCAUUUUCGUUUGAAUUGAUGAUGGAACUUAUUCAGAGUGAUGACUUACAUGCAGAAGAAGAAGAGGCUUAUGAAUCUAUUAUGAUGUGGUUAAAAUAUGAUCUAAAAGAACGUUUAAAAUGUCUGCCUGAGUUAUUUAAGUCCAUUCGGUUAAGUCUAAUGUCAGUUGAUUAUUUAGAUGAUAUUGUUCAAGAAGAGGAACUUAUUAGAUCUGAUAUUACGAGUAUGAGUUAUUUAUGUAGUGCCUAUAAAGUAGUUCACCAGCAGGAAAAGUCAUUAGUUAAUGUAUUAACAUCGACUUUCAAUGUUACACAUCGAAAAUUCAGUAAGAAAUUACAGUCAUAUCUAGAGAAAGAAAAAAGUGUUGAAAAUGAUAAUGAAGAUAUAGAAGAGCAAGAAAAAAGUGUUGAAAGUGAUGACGAAGAAUGUGAUGAAGAUAUAAAAGAGCAAGAAAAAAGUGUUGAAAGUCACGAGAAAGAAUAUAAAUUUGAAUAUGAAGACACAGAAGAUGAUGGCAGCGAUUUAUUUGAUUAGAAUGAAGUAAAAGAUGACCUUAAAAAAUUAUCACUACGACAAAGAAGAACUUUAAAAAAAUAUACGACUGCUAUGUAAAUGUAAUUGUAAUAAAAUUAUUUAAAAAAAUAUAAUUAUUAUCAACAAUGUUUUAC